AUGGUGGUGGUGAUAGAUUCUCGAGCCGAUAUGGCUCAAGAGAGGAUUCUCAUGAAAAAGUUGAAAAAAUACCACAUUGGAAUACUCGUUCUCUCCGUCCUUGGCGUCAUUCUCCUUCUCUGGGCUAUAAUUGCUACUGUCUACAAUUUCACAGGAAACAGACACACGGAGCAUGUUGUCAUUGAGCCGAAGUCGAAAUCUGCAAAGUACAAAAAUGCAGCAGCAGUGGCGGGUUCACGGUUUUGUGCGGAGAUUGCGAGAAAUGUAAUAAUCCAAGGGGGUAACGCCGUGGACGCUGCAAUUGCUGCAACAUUCUGUAACGGAGUAGUCAUUCCGUUUGCAACAGGAAUUGGUGGUGGAGAUUUUAUUGUGAUCUACUUGAAAGAAGAAAAGAAAUGCGUCUUCCUCAACUCCCGUGAAGCCGCUCCCGCCCUUGCCACUGAAAAAAUGUACACACAUGACAAGGAAUCCGCCCAAUUCGGAUACCAAUCCAUUGGCAUCCCAGGAGAACUUCACGGAUUAUGGACUGCCUAUAAGAAGUAUGGCUCGAAAGUAAUCCCAUGGUCAGAUCUUGUCAUGCCAGCUGCUCAACUAGCCAAAGGGUUCCCAAUGCAUAAGGCUAUGGUCAAUUAUUUCGAUCGGAUUUCGAAAUAUAAGGGAAGACCUGAAAUUGAGGGAUUGAGGAGUUUGUACACAUCGAAGUUUACUGGAGAGUUCUAUAAAAUCGGGGAGAUUGUGUCGAAUUAUCCAUUGGCAAAGUUAUUGAGAGUUAGUGCUAACUCACAGGAUCCGGUGCAGUUAUUUUAUAAUGGCUCAAUUGCUGAAGGAAUCAUCAAGGAGAUGAUUGCAAAUGGAGGAAUUAUAACAAUUGAUGAUUUGAGGAACUAUGAGACACAUGUUACAGAAACCCUCUACGCUGACCUCGGAAAAUACAGAAUGUGUGGACCGCCACCUCCGUCGUCAUGGACUAUUACUCAAGCUAUUCCGAGGAUUGUGGAGAUGCAAUAUCGCGACAAAAAGAUGUUCAAUGACGCCGAAUUCUACCAUACUUUGAUUGAAGCUCAAAAAUUGGCAUACGGACAGAGAGGUCAUCUAGGGGAUUACCUGUUCUCGGAGGUGUCAAUGCAGUUGGCAAAGAAUUUGACGGAUAGAAAAUUCAUCAAGUUUUUAAGUAAACGAGUGAUGGAUAAGUCGCAGGAUUUGGAGUAUUAUUUGGCUGCUGCACCGGCAGUUCUGGACAGUGGAACUUCCCAAAUCAGUGUGGUGGAUGACGAUGGAAAUGCGGUUUCACUCACUUCUUCUAUUAACACAGCUUUCGGCUCAAAAAUGCUCUCAAAAUACGGGUUCAUCUACAACAACCAGAUGGAUGACUUCUCAACACCCGGAUUCAGAAAUCAUUGGGGAUUUGAGCCAACCGAAGCGAACUUCAUCCAACCGGGACGGCGACCAAUGAGUAGUAUGAGUCCCACAAUUGUAUUCGAUCCGAAGAGUGGAGAGGUGAAAAUGGUGACAGGAGGCACUGGAGGGUCGAAAAUUAUUUCGGCGGUGGCCCAGACUCUGGUUAGAGGGUUGCUGUUGGGACAAAGUGCUGCGGAGAUAGUUGAAAUGCCACGAGUUCAUAAUCAACUGACACCAUUCGAGACAGAAGUGGAAGAAGACUUCUCUGAGAAAAUCCUGGAGCAACUAGAAAAGGAGCAUAAUCAAAAAAUGGAGAAGACUGAUGAGACGUUGGCAAUUGUGUACCCAAUUACGAGAGAUGGUGAUGAGUAUACUGUAGCUGCGGAUUAUAGAAGAGAGUCAGGGAAUUCGCCGGCUGGAUAUUAG